UCCAGAGCUGAGCUGAUCCCACGUGUGACGCUGCUUUCCCCGGCUCGCCACUGUUCUGUUAGCGGGGUCUUCGGCUACAGCGGGUCGGUCGCUCUGCAAGCCAGCGAGCCAGCAGCAGCAGCAACAGCAGCAGCAAGCAGCAGCCAGCCAGCGAGCCAACCAGCCAGCCUACCCACCAACCAACCAGCCAGCCAGCGCUCCACUCACUGCCUGCCUGCGGUCGGUCGGCUUCAGCUAUGGAGGCGGACGGGAGCCAAGCCACAUCUGGGAGUCCUAACGAUUCACAACACGACCCGGGCAAAAUGUUCAUCGGUGGCCUCAGCUGGCAAACUUCACCAGACAGCCUUAGAGACUAUUUUAGUAAAUUUGGAGAAAUCAGAGAAUGUAUGGUGAUGAGGGAUCCCACGACCAAACGCUCCAGGGGAUUUGGGUUCGUUACGUUUGCGGAUGCGGCCAGUGUAGAUAAAGUCUUAGGUCAACCUCACCACGAAUUAGACUCAAAGACGAUUGACCCUAAAGUUGCCUUCCCAAGACGUGCUCAACCCAAGAUGGUCACAAGAACAAAGAAAAUAUUUGUAGGCGGAUUAUCAGCUAACACAGUAGUUGAAGAUGUGAAGCAGUAUUUCGAACAGUUUGGCAAGGUAGAGGAUGCCAUGCUUAUGUUUGAUAAAACCACAAAUAGGCAUAGAGGAUUUGGCUUCGUAACUUUCGAGAAUGAGGAUGUGGUGGAGAAAGUCUGUGAGAUUCAUUUUCAUGAAAUCAAUAAUAAAAUGGUAGAAUGUAAGAAGGCCCAACCCAAGGAGGUGAUGUUUCCUCCGGGGACGCGAGGGCGAGCCAGGGGUUUGCCCUACACCAUGGACGCCUUCAUGCUAGGAAUGGGCAUGCUGAGUUACCCAAACAUCGUAGCGACGUACGGCCGCGGAUACACUGGCUUCGCCCCGAGCUACAGCUACCAAUUCCCUGGUUUUCCUGCGACAGCGUACGGUCCCGUGGCGGCGGCGGCAGUGGCAGCAGCGCGUGGCUCAGGUAGGGCGGCCCGUGGAAGAGGCGGCUACGCAGCAUACCCGCACAGCACAGGGCCAGGCUUCCCCGAUUAUGGUUUCUAUUCCUCGCCAAGUGACCAACGGGGGCCCCCCUUCUCCUUUGCGGACUAUGGCUCCUUGGGCCCGCAGGCGGCUCAGCUGCUGCAAAGCGAGCAUGCCACCUCCGCCUGCAACUCCCCCCUGCAGCACCUGCCCAGCCCGGAUCAGUAUAAGAGCCCAGGCACCAACCCUCCUCGGCCUGGAGCCUUCCCCGGAGCCAGCAGCCCCGGCCCUGUGGCUGACCUCUACGGCCCCGCCAGCCAGGACUCUGGAGUGGGCAAUUACAUAAGCGCUGCUAGCCCCCAGCCCGGCUCCGGUUUCGGCCACAGUAUCGCCGGUCCUUUGAUUGCGACAGCUUUUACAAAUGGAUACCAUUGAAAACCUAACAGGUGGUUGGUUGCCAUCUCAUUUGAGCAGAGUUUAUCAGGAGGUCCGGGGAAGGCAGGCCGGAGUUUCUAAUUGGUUCUGUGUACAGGUAACGGCCAUACAACUUCAAGCACUACAGAGAGGAACAGCGGAAGAACAGCUGAGAUGGCACCACUUGAAGAACAAAAGAAAAGUCUGAAUCCGAAUCAUCUCUGAAAAAGAAAAAAAAAAAAGAUCUGCUGUACUAUAAAGAAAAGCUGGCUUUCGGAUUCUUUUUUUAUCCUACUGUAUAACUCCCCAUAACUUGACGUAGGAUGCUGAUGUUUAUGUUUCUUUUUUUUCCUCCUCCCCCUUUCACUGAUUUUUUUUGACAUAUUUUAUCAAGUAGUGUCUGAAUCAGCGUUUGAGGCUGACUCAAGUUUUGAGCUUCAUUAUUCAUGUUCAGGUUCUCUGAUGAGGAGAGCUGUGUAAAUGUACAUUUUCUUUCUUUAUCACUCUCUUAUUCUAUUCCUUUUAAUGUUAUAACAUAGCUACAGUUGUCUUCAUCACUCUUAUUGGGUAAUGCCACACAACCUGAAAAAAGCCACAUUUUCAGGCUUUCAUUUUAACAAAACAAACAAAAGUUUUUGCUUUAAACGGUGAUGUUUGCUCAACUUUCAAAAAGCGCAUCGAGAGGGUGUCUAAACAAAUCUUAGUAGCUCUUCGUUCUUUGUUUUUGUGUGGCGUCUUGUUAAUCAUGAUUACCUAUUUUGGGCAAUAAGAGGACUACAAUAUUUUCACAGUCCUUUUUUAUAAAUGUUUUCUUUUUUUGUUGAUCUAUAUAUAAAUAUAUAUAUAUAUAUAAAAGAAAAAAAACUACAUUUCCUUUUAAUACUUUGUGAAAUGAGAUUUAAAAAGAAAAAAAUGAGAGUUAUAAAACUGUAAAUACUACUUCCGGUCACUGCAUCGAACCAUCUCAAAGAGAGAACCAUAUUUUUGUGCUGGUGUUCUAGAGGUUGUAACUGUGCGCAAAACUGACAUAUAUGUUUUAAUGCAAAAGACCUUUUCAGGCUCAGUGCGAUAACUGAAAUCUAUUUGUAGCACAACAAGCAGACGUGACCCCACUGCGGACAUCAGAAUCCCAACGAAACACUGUUAGCUUGCUCUGUAAAUACUGUGCAGGUGGCAUACCAGCAUACUGACUGUAGAUAGCGAGAAGAUCAGACGUGCACAGCUUUCAAAGAGAAAAUAUCUUACAAAGCAUACACAGAUCUACAUUGUAAAGAUAUAUUUAAAGAAAAAAAGAAAUUGAAGAACUGAAACCCAAAGCACACAUUUAUGUUUCUUUCCUCUUUUUUUAAACAGUAACUGACUUAAAUUAGUAAUAGGGAUGUUUUGUAAUAGGUAUGUUUUUAUUUUAUUUUUUUCUCAAUUAAUUGUAGGUUUUCCCUUAGAGUCUCCAGUCAUGCUAAAUCCUAGAACGCCUGAUUUCGGAAACACAAAAAAUGGCAAUAUUUCAAGAUUUUUCAAGUCGUUUACGGCUUAUCUUCUUGAUCAAUUAGGAAAACAGCUGUUUUGUACUGUUACCUCAGUCCAGUGGGAUGUAUUUAAGAGGACGUAACAAAUUAAUUUAUUUUAUCUUGAGGCAGAUUGAAAAAGAACUAUGAGAUUGUCUUGAAAUUAAAGUAAAUCAUUGCACUGUGAGAAAGAAUUUAUCAUUUUUCUAUUUGCACAUGUUAAAAGAUGUUCUCUAGCAUGGGUCACAUGAAGGAUUGUUUUGGAGUCGCAGGAUAGCGCUCGCUGAUCGCAGUCUUUCCGCUUGGGUUAAGUGGAAAACUGUGCUUCUGAAUAAUCUUUUUCUUUUCUUUUUGUCCUGGGACUUUUUUUUUUUGUAUUUUUACGGAUAGGAUCUGCCGGCCGUACAGAUGAGUUUUAUUAGUAGCAAUAGUUCAAACUCUCAGAAACACUGAAACUGAAUUAAACUAGUAGCUGCUACACAUACACACACACGUUACGUACUACAUGUGGAGACUGGAUUAGAGGAAGUAGAAAGUACGUUAAGAUAUAUGCUCAGUGAAAUAAGAGUGAUAUUUAAGAAUAUGAAUCGACUGAUAUAUGCUGUUGUUCAUCCUUGCUGCAAAAUGUAUUUGUUUAUUUUUUUUUCCUCUCUCUUUUCACGAUUUUACUGAAAUAAGUGGGGAUUCAGAAAGAAAGGCUGAAUCUUUUUUUAAGAAAAAGUAAUAUGAGAAACAAUGAUUUCUGCAAACUUUUCAAAAGACAAAAAAACGACACACAAAAAAAGAAGACUAAACCCCAGCGCGGUUCAAAUAUAAGUGGGGGAUUUUUAUCGAUAUUUUUGUGGAUGUGAAUGAAUAUGCUAAAUAUAAUGACAAUAUUACGAUUAAUGUACUGUAUUUAUCAUUUGAUUCUCUCUCCAUUCCCUGUCACAUCAUACAGUAAUCUUCUGUUAAUCUUUGUAUUUCAGUAGUGUGUAAAAAAGAGGAAAAAAAGAAAUAACCUUGUAAAAGAGUGCUGUCUUUGAUGCCAGUGUAGUGGUCUAUACAUUUCCCCGUUAACCCUUUUCACCCUCCUCUUCCCUCCAUGUUUGGCCUGACCCCCCUCCUCCUCCCUCUUCGUCUUUUUGCUCUUUCUCUAUAUCUCUGUCUCACACUCUCUUAGUGAGUAGGCUUAGAUGUUAUGUAAUCAACGUUAAGGUAGAGCCGUAGUUAGUAGCAGAUUUAGGACCAGUAAGGAUAGAACUUUCUCUUGAUAAUCAUUUAAAAAAAACAACAAAAAAAGAAAGAAACAAAAAAAUGCUGAACGUUGUUUUCAUUUCCAUGGUAUUUUUCUUAUGUUUUCUCUUUUUUUUUUCUUUUUUUUCUGACUCUCACAUGGUUUCAACUAACCAAAGCUCUCAUAAUGAAGUCCAGAAAAAGAAAUUGGUGUAAGACAGAAUUGUAAAACCAGGCAUUAAUUGGAUCCCCACCCUUGAAUGUUUCAAAAGGGGUGUGCCAUACUACCUUAAAUGCUAACGCUCGAUAUGCAAAACCAUUUUAUUUUCAUUCUUUUUUUUUAAAGAGGGACACAAGCUAUAAUUAUGGAAAGGAUGAUUUUAUUACAUGAAUGAAAAAUUCAUAUUUUUUUAGUAAGUUCUACCAGAGUAAUGAUGACAUAGCCUAAUAAUUAUAGAUAUGGAUAAAACUGUAAUAGGUUUUGAUAUUUAUACUCUAUAAAGAAAAAAGCCCAGUGGCCCAUGGCACUACUAUUUUUGAAUACUUCUUUUUAUGUGUCUGCAUAGAUUCAUGUAUACUUUAGGUUUUUUUUGUCAUCUGGAACAUUUCUUUGAUUAUUUUUGUACUCUGUAAUCAUUUUGCCAGCUCUUCACAUUAAUCAAAGCUUAGGCUGAGAAACGUGAAUGCUUUUAAUGUCUAAAAGAAUUAGUGUAGCUUACAAAAAUGAAGAUAUCUUUGAGCUCUUGCUUUGAGCAAGCACUGAUUAUUUACUGCCAGCAGUCAUAAUAGAAUUUAAAUCAAUGGCAGAUUUUUUUUUCUGAAUGAAAUCUCUUCUCAGGGAUUAUGAAUGUGAGCUAAUCGAACUCCUCUAUCUGUGUGAUUUAGCUGAAGAUUAUUCUCUAAUUUGUGGGUUCUGUCUCUGAUAUGUGGUCUCAGAUUUCAUUCAGACACAAAAACGCUUUGUUAGAUGCAGUAGUGCUGCGUUGGAAUUGCUGUUGGGCUGAACCCCAUAAGGAUUGCAUUCAUCCAUGGCAGUUGCUCAUGGCAGCCAUUAAACCUGGUUAUCUGUGUUAUUGUCCUGAAUAUAAAACUGUUGGAAAUUAUCAAAUGGGUGAGAAUUUUCAGCUUCUUCUUGAGCAACAGAAUAGGAGCAGCUAAAUUUUCUUCUGCAUUAUCAAAUACAAAUCAUAGAAGAUAUGUUUUCAUACACACACACACACACACACACACACACAGUACUGUUAAAGGCUCCGUCGCCUGAAAACACAAUCAUAGGUAACGCUAUUCAUCUUGGCGUUUGUUUUUUAAUCAGGAAGGCAAAAUUAACAUUAACAUUUGAAUUUUGUUUUUUAGUUUUUCUUUUGCGUAACCAGCUAUUUCCAGCACUCUCCUGGAGGAAGGCCAGUAUAUACAGUUAUCUUCCAUACAUAGUUAGUCAUCAAAUCAGAAAUAAAUCAGGUGAGCUGCUGCUGGUAGAACACAUCCGUACAGUAACUGGAGUUCACACAGAAAUCACCAACCUAACCCGUGAUCUUCUACUAACUAUCCAACUAUCCACAUCUUCUAUCCUGUGUAUUUGAUAUGAUAUAUUGUCAGAGAAUGUUUUUAAAUAUAUAUUAGUUUAAUUUAGACUCAGCCUAGUUAUUGAUUAAAAUGAAAGCUGGCGACCUGCUUUUUUUUUUUUUUUAUAUAUAGUCUUUUAUAGACUUUCUCUCUCGCUCAGUUGAAAUUUUUCCUGAUUUGAUCUUGUAGCUUGGACUUUAAGGUAGCAUGGCUCUGUUGCCGUUAUUUUGUUUUUCACUGACAGCAGUUUACAGCAGAUGAAUGUUACACAUCUUGCUAGACUAGUUAAAUCAUUGGAUAAUUGUUGGUUUAAAAAAAUGGAAAAGCUAAAAAAAUAAACGACCUGGAAGGUGUUGGGUGAUAUUGGGAGUGAACUACCGUAUCCAUUUAAACUUGAAUCUCGAGGCAAGUGCUAGGCAAUGGCCAAAACGAUCAACCCAUUAUUGUUGAAGCAACAAAACUACUUUGUGCGCGCACACACACACACAAACGCAAACACCUACACAGACAACACACGUACACACUGACGCACACUAGCAAACCCACAUACUGUAAUGACGUAUGUAUAUACUUGUAUACAGAUACAGGAUAUAUAUGUAUAGUGUAUAUAUACAUCUUUGUUAAAUUGUUUAAGCUGCCUCAUAAAACUCAUUAAUCAUCUUUGUAGUGGGACUGAAUGAGCCGAGCAGCGUUCAGUUCAGUAGUCAACACUGUUUCUAACACUCACCACUGAGACGCUUUGAAGUCACAUGUCUGUUCGUCGGGUAUAGAGCUGUUUCGCGGUAGGGCACUGCCGGGGCGGAUGCGGCGACGGGAAAGUCAUUAGUUUAGCUGUGGAAUGUGUUGGGAACACCUCACGCAUAUGCGUGUCCAUGCCCCUUCAGCUCUAUUGAGGUCACUGCAGUCACUAUGGCAGGUGUGGCAGGGGAAUGGUCUUACUUCUGACGCUUCCUUCGGGAACUCUCCUGUUUUCUCUCCCGAGGCAUCUUCGGCCUCUCUGAUUGCCUUGUCCAUUCCUAACACUUGCCCAUUUUUUAACGGACUUUUUACCGCAUGAACUGACUGAACGGACUGACGUCUGAAAGCAUCUUUCAGGUCUUCUUGUAUGGCUUGCUUAAGCCCUGUUGUAAAAUAAAAAAAAACUAAAGUGGAUGGGGGUCUCUCACAUCUCAGAUGUGGAAAGUAUAAUUUUAUAUUUGUAUUUUCAAAUAAUAAUGAUAAUAAUAAAAAAUGUUUGUGAAAGGUUUCCAUCCUCUACUGUGGUCCAGAAAUCAAUGUGUUUGUCUGGAAAAGAUAAAAAAAAAAUAAUAAUAAACUGUUUUGAAACAUUUCA